AUGGCGACGUGGGCGCUGGCGGUGCUGCUGGCGGCAGCGGCGUGGGCGGGCGCGGCGGCCGGCGCCGACCUGGAAGUGCUCUACCAGUGGAACUACCUGACGUACGCGCUGCCCAAGGACUUCCCGGCCGACGGCUACAUCCCGGAGAACAACGUGUUCACGGGGCUGGAGGCGUACCCGGACUGGCGCUGGCACUCCGCCGAGGCCAACUGCUCGGGGCUGAUCUCCGUAUACCGCGUGCGCGCCGACCGCUGCGACCGACUGUGGGUGCUGGACGCCGGGCUGGUGGACAGCCUGGGCAGCUACACGCCCGUGUGCGCGCCCAAGCUGCUGACCUUCGACCUGCGCACCGACCGCCUGGUGCGCAGCGUCACCUUCCCCAGCGACGUGCGCCGCCUGCAGUCGCUCUUCACCAACCUGGUGCUGGACGAGGCGCCCGGCGGCGGCUGCGAUGACCUCUUCAUCUACAUCACCGACACCGCCGCCCCGGGCCUCGUCGUGUACGACGUGCAGCGCGACGCCACCUGGCGGCUCAACCACGCCUCCUUCUGGCCGCACCCCGACUGGAGCACCUAUGAGUCUUCUGGCCGUACCCUGACUGGAGCACCUGUGAGGUACGCAAACCACGUGCCCUCUGGGAUGCUCUUUCGGCCUAGAUUUUCCCAUGCAUUUCCCAUAGAGGUAGCCUUCUGGCCGUACCCUGACUGGAGCACCUAUGAGAUUAAGCCCGUGGUUAGUCAGCAGCUACUAUAUACGCACCGCCAACGGAAUUCGCAGUAUCAUUGCGGUUUGGGCGGCUGUCGCCCGGCUGGCGGGCGCGUGGAACGGAGCGUGUUACACCACGUCGACCGCGGAGGCCAGCAGCGCGGCGAGCAGGGCGGCGCGCGGGAGGUGGCGUUGCGACACUUCGACCUUUCUUUGCCGCGCGGCGCGGCCCGUGUGGCGCGGUGUGCGCGUGUGGCACAGUGUGUCGCAGUGCAGGCCGGGCGCGGCUGUUACAUCGCGCGCGGCCGCGGCGCGGCGGCGGCGGCGCAGGCGGCGGCGGCGCGCGCCGCGCACGGCCACCUCGACCGCUAG